CCGGUACCGAUACCCGAAAAGGUGAUGAACGGUUCAGAUGAUUGGAUCUUCAGUGGUUCCUCCUUAGCAUCUCAGGUUCAUGCAGCUGCAGUUAAUGGAGACAAGGGCGCUCUUCAAAAGUUGAUCGCAAGGACCCCUGCUUUGAAAGAUAAAGAGGACCAGUUUGGGAGGACUCCGCUCAUGUAUUGUGUGCUGGCCGACAGGGGAGAUUGUGCCCAGGUCCUCCUGAAGGCGGGAGCGGAUGUGAACAAGGCCGACCACAGCCAGAGAACAGCCCUCCAUCUUGCAGCACAAAAGGGAAAUUAUCGCUUCAUGAAACUCUUACUCACCCGUCGUGCCAACUGGAUGAAAAAGGACCUGGAAUCCAUGACUCCACUGCACCUGUCCACCCGGCAUAAGAGUCCUAAAUGUUUGGCUCUCCUGUUGAAGUUCAUGGCCCCCGGAGAAGUGGACACACAGGACAAAAAUAAGCAAACUGCUCUGCAUUGGAGCGCUUACUACAACAACCCAGAGCACGUGAAGCUCCUCAUAAAGCACGACUCGAACAUUGGGAUCCCGGACAUCGAAGGCAAGAUCCCCCUUCACUGGGCGGCCAACCACAAAGAUCCCAGCGCCAUCCACACAGUUCGGUGUAUCCUGGAUGCCGCUCCGACGGAAUCUUUACUGAACUGGCAGGAUUAUGGAGGCCGCACGGCCCUUCACUUCGCCGUUGCUGAUGGGAACUUGGCCGUCGUGGAUGUCCUGACCUCCUACGGGAGCUGCAAUGUAACCCCAUAUGAUAACUUGUUUCGGACCCCUCUUCACUGGGCAGCUCUACUCGGUCACACCCAAAUUGUCCAUCUCCUUCUGGAAAGAAACAAAUUUGGCACCAUCCCGUCGGACAGCCAAGGAGCCACCCCGCUGCACUAUGCAACCCAGAGCAAUUUUGCGGAAACCGUGGAAGUGUUUUUGAGACAUCCUUCUGUGAAAGAUGAUUCGGACCUCGAGGGACGACCCUCCUUCAUGUGGGCAGCUGGGAAAGGCAGUGAUGAUGUCCUUAGGACCAUGCUCAGUUUGAAACUGGACAUUGACAUCAACAUGGCCGAUAAAUACGGAGGCACAGCUCUACAUGCCGCUGCCCUGUCGGGCCACGUCAGCACCGUGAAAUUAUUGUUGGAUCAUAACGCCCAGGUGGACGCCACCGAUGUCAUGAAACACACCCCCCUCUUCCGAGCAUGUGAAAUGGGGCACAAAGACGUGAUUCAGACGCUCAUUAAAGGUGGAGCAAGAGUAGAUCUUGUGGACCAAGAUGGCCAUUCUCCUCUGCACUGGGCAGCCCUGGGAGGGAAUGCUGAUGUUUGCCAAAUAUUGAUUGAAAAUAAAAUCAACCCCAACGUGCAGGAUUACGCGGGAAGGACCCCCCUGCAGUGCGCUGCCUACGGAGGCUACAUCCACUGCAUGGCAGUGCUCAUGGAAAACAACGCCGACCCCAACAUCCAGGACAAGGAGGGAAGAACAGCUCUACAUUGGUCCUGUAACAAUGGUUACCUUGACGCUAUCAAGUUGCUGCUGGAUUUUGCCGCUUUUCCUAAUCAGAUGGAAAAUAAUGAAGAGAGGUACACGCCCCUGGACUACGCUCUGCUUGGAGAGCACCAUGAAGUUAUCCAGUAUAUGCUGGAACAUGGGGCCUUGUCCAUUGCCGCCAUACAAGACAUUGCCGCUUUCAAGAUUCAGGCCGUCUACAAAGGGUACAAGGUCAGGAAAGCUUUCCAAGACCAGAAAAACCUUCUGAUGAAGCACGAACAGUUGAGGAGGGAUGCUGCUAACAAGAAACGUGAGGAGGAGAACAAGAGGAAGCAACGGAGACCGUGCAGCCCGCCCGCCUGCCCCGCCGCAGCCGACGCGGAGACGGAGGAGGCCGGAGCCCGAGAGGCUUCCCGGCGGCCCGGCGGACCGGAAAAUGGCCCCGGCCCCCCAGCCCGCUCCACCGGCCUCUCUGCCGAAUCCCCCCGCCUUCCCGCGGGCACGACCUCCGCACGCCAGCGGGGUCCCUCCCCGGAGCCCCGGGGAGCCGAUCGUCGAAGGGAAGAGGGAACAUUCAGAAGACUAUCCCAGAGCAAAUAUCCCUGCAUCCACUUCGCUCCCAAGGAAGGGGCCGAGGAAGACGAGCCACGGCCCGUUGUCGCUGCUUCUGUGGGCGAGGGGGACGGGCUCAGAGGGCAGCAGACCCCUGGGGGAAGUGGCAUCCUCGCCCAGGGCGACCCCCGGCGCGGCCCCGGCUGCCGGACAGCCAGGCGCGGGGAGACCACGGAAGACCAAAGAGCGGCGAACCCGCCGGAAGGAAGGACGAAACGCUUUCCCAAUCCCGGCUGCCCAGCCGGAGGCUCCGUGCGGCCCGACAUACCAGCCAAGGGGAAAUCCAGCCGGCUCAAAGGCCGAAGCAGAGAGUUCGAGCGUGGGCGGUGUUCCCCGGCUGGAUCCAGCAGGCCCGGAAGCGCGAAGCUGGGGGUCGUCAGCGUGAGGAGCGACGGCCCGCGGAACGCCGUCCGAAGGAACAAGCUGGCGGCGGGCGAGUGCCCGGGAAAGGUGUGCCCGGUGGAGCCCUCACCAGCAAGGGCGGCGAGCCCGAAACAGGGCACAGCGCCGCUGGGCCACGGGGCGAAUAUCGAGCUCAUCCCGUUGGAAAGGCGCCUGCGGAUCAUCGAAAAGGAGAGGAGCAGGAAGGAGCUCUUCCAGAAAAAGAACCGCGCCGCCACGGUCAUCCAGAGAGCGUGGAGGAGGUACCGGCUCCGCCGGCGACUGCUCCAGUUCCUCAGCGCCGAGCCGCCGCGCAAGGAAGACGAAGACAAAUGGAGGCGAGAGACGGCCGCCCUGUUCCUCCAGGUUGCUUGGACGAAGCAGCUCAACCGUGGUCCCCCGCGGCCGGGGCCGACGGCUACAAUCCCAAACCCCAGAAGCCGGAGCAGCUCAGCCGUGAAACCCAGCAAACAGUCGGUGCUGAAGCAGAUUUACGGAUGCAAACAGGAAGGAAAGCUCCACCACCCCUCCAAAGCUUCCAAACCCAAACUCUCGGCCGCUCAACAGAUUCCAGCGAACAACUUGCGGUACAUUCCCUUGCUGGAGGACGUGGGCAAAUCCCAGAGCUUUUCCUACAACCUGAGACCAGCCGCUGCCAUGAAAGGCAGGAGAGCCAAAGCCCCGUCGGUGCAGGAAGAAGAGUGACGUCUUCCUGGGAAAACCUCGUUUCAUAGAAGAAAUUGGGGUUUAGGGCAGAAUGCGGUGCUUAGGACAGUGCCCGGCGCAAAGUAAGUGCUUAAGAAAUACCAUCAUUAAUUCAAGUGCAAUAUGGAAAAACAGUGUUCACUUAAGACUGUGAGCCCCACGUGGGACAGGGACUGUGUCCUGAUUACCUUGUAUCUACUCCAGGGUUUAGUACUGUGUUUGGCCCAUAGGCAGGAGUGACUAUGCCUAGACCCCAGAUAGGGAAGGAGGAGAAGAGGCAGUUUCAGCCAUGAAUCAGCACCAUUUCCCCUUUAAAUUUCACUCGGAACCCUGAAUUUUACCAUUCAAGGCAUUCUUGCUGGAAAAUAAUUCAUCUCGCCGACGAGCGGCCCCACAAACCUUGGCAUCCUGGAGCUAGUUCCUCAGGCACAGUGGAGUUUUCUUCCCCCCCUCGACAAACCACAGGAUACAGUCAACCUGAAAUUCCUAGAGUGCAUGCCAAAUACUUAAUUUCUGUAAAAAAAAACCUUUCAUUUUUGUCACCUGACUCCGUAAAGGCUGAGGCAGAAAAGGCCAUUAACAACUCAGAUAAGGAUAGAAAGUUUGAGCUGACGAGCUGGCGAUGCUGAUUUCAACUGUUAAAUACAAAAUGGUCAAGGAUCCCCCCCCAGGAGCGCAUCACUGAGCAGGGAGGCCAGCACAGUGGACUGCACAAAGUGGGUGCUCAGUAAAUCUCGCUAUUUACUUAUUGGGCGACCAGAGCCAGGUGAGGCGAACAUGCAGGAGCAGCCUGAGCUGGUUUGUCAUCCCGCUCCGGGGGCUGCCGCCGGGAUUCUUGCCCCUGGCUUCCACACUGCUCCAAGGUGGACAGUGAAUUGCACCACGGCUCAGUGGAAAGAGCACGGGCUUUGGAAUCGGGUCAUGGGUUCGAAUCCUAGCUCUGCCCA